CCUCUCGCCGCACUUCCGGCCCCGCUCCCAACCCUUGGUGGCCCGGGAUCUCCUGAGGGUCUUCCUACACAACCUGAGUGAGCUUCCCGCCGCUCAUCGGCCUGCGCUCCGGGCCCGCCACCGGGUGCCCCACCCUCAGGAUGUGUUACCUAAGUGCGCGGUCACCGUCGCCGUCACAGGCAGCCCCAACCCCACCCCCGGCCAGCUCGCGUCCCUCCGGCCUUCCUCCCCCGCACCUGCCCGCACGCUCCCGGGGCCCGCAGGUGCGGAAGACCGCGAAAUCUCACGCCCCGCGGAGACCCGCCAGCUCCCGUGACAAGAAGGGGAGGCGCGGUCGGGCGGAGCUCCCGGGCAGAUGUGCCAGGCUGCCUGCAUUUAGGCAAGAAGCAUGGAGGUAAUUCAUGGGAGGGCCUACUGUUGCAGGGAGCUUGAAGGAGCUGACAUCCUGUCAAACACCUUUUACUCAAAUCAAGUGCACACCCCGUUCGAAACAGCUACUCGCCCAACUGCUUCAGAAGAUAGGUAUCGGGAGCUGAGGGCAUCAGUGCCACAAUGCAGGCUGCCAUGGGGCGCCGAAAGGGAGUAUGGUGGCAUUAUCCCAGUUGCUCUUCCUGAAGAACACAGGCCUAAAUGUGAGCCUCCCCGAGUCAUGGGCAAAGGACACCAGCAUUAUGGAUUUGGUGGAGAGAUCUGGCCAAAAAAGCUUCCUAUUGAACAGUUCUACUAUUUGACACCAAACAAGAAAAGUGAUGUCUAUGGAAACGAUUCUUUGUUACCCAAACCACCUAAUUCAGCAGUAGGAGAAAUCUGCUCAGUGUAUCCAAUUGAACAUCCCUACCAUACACACAUAAGCCGCGGCGCCAUGUUUCCGACCUUCACAUCACCUAAGGACCUCUACAACGGCAUCAAAGCCCGCACCCAGCAGCCUUUUCCUCCUACAGUGCCAACCAAGGCCUAUGAUACAACGGUUCUGAAGACAAGAGGUAACCCUUACAGAUAUGAACUGCUUGAUUUUCCCAUGGAUUCAAAGAAAAAAGCAUUGACUUGGCCAGGUCAGGGUGUAUAUUAUGAUUUUCCUAAAUGUGUUGAGAAAAACAAGCCAGUAUUCUACCCAAAACCUCCUAAAACCUUUGCUCCUAACCCAUCUUUGAAUCCAUGGGAUGCUGUGAACUCUGCAAAGGAAGCCAAUAUACAAAGAAAUCUUGAGCGGUCCCACUGGAUCACUUCAUAUACUAAUGAUUUUACAGGUCUAGGGCCCAUGAGCCCCCUUGAGCUGGAUGAUUACCAUGAAAAGGAGGUAGCAGAGCUAACUGGACAGAUAGGAUUUGACCCACAGCCUCAAGAAAAAUUCCAUCCUGCCUUAAAACCUCCCAAACCUUUGGAAGGUCGGAUUGCCCGACUUAUUCAUAACCAACGACCUCUGGAGGCCAUGGUACAAGGCCCACCUUCCUGCCCAGACUGUACCCCUAGAGCGUUGUGUGCUUUCCAUACAUUCAUACCCAGUUCCACAGAAAUGAUGGCAAUGAACGAUAACCUCCUGCCUGGAAUUACCCAUAAAAACCAGGAUAUUGAAGAGAAGAUUAAGGAAGAACAAGGCUUGAUGUCUACCUAUACACUCCCAACUUGUUAUCCAACAAAAGAUCUGACUAAUCUUUAUGACCUAAAAUCAUUUCCAAAGAUCACAGACACCAAAAAGACAGAUGACUUAUACUGGAGACAGCUGGCAAUGAAACCCCUACCCAUAACCUGCUCUAAGUCAAACCAUUACAUUGACUACGAACCACUUAAAUCUGCCUUCCGUGACCCAUAUACUAUGUGCCAGAACCCUGUUCGCCUCAGUAAGUCUAAUAUUCUGCAUAACAGAACAGAUAUGGAUGAUUUCACUUUUAACCACUUUUUAAGUAAACCAGAAUUUUUGGACCCGGACAUGGAAAGCAAUGAAGAAACAAGACCUAUUUGGGCGUGGGUUCCUAGAGCUGGAGUGCCCAAACCUCAGACCAACCUGCUAGACCUUAGGAACUCCUUUUCAAAGUCCAUGGCACAGAAGCGUUUGCAUGAUUCCAUCCAAGAAGAACAGAAGGACCUCAGGGAUAAGAUACACUCCGGGAUGAGACAUCAUUUCUAUGGCCACAAUAGCCAUUAUUUCUAUAAUUGAGAUAUUCUCUCCUCCCUUCAAAACCAAGCCUCUUGCAAGAAAAUAAAAUAUGUCACAGAGUGCCCUGCAUUUGGCUGGAUUCUGUUUCUGUAUUGAGCCAUAAUGACAUUAAUGAGGUUUGUGUUUUUAAGAA